AUGCAUCUCAUGUACACGCUAGAUGAAAGUGGGAACAGGGUAUACACUCUCAAUAAAACAACAAAUACAGGCCGAAUAACCAAGUCUGCUCACCCAGCACGUUUCUCGCCCGAUGAUAAAUUCUCGAGGCACCGCGUCACUCUUAAAAAGCGCUAUGGCGUCCUGCUAACCCAGCUCCCUAGCAAGCCUAUGUGA